GACUCAAUGCGCUCUAAUUCACUUAGCCACAACAUACUAUUGUAAUCAUAACACCGACCCAACUCUCUCUCUCUCUGUCUCUCUCUCCUCUCUUUCAAGCCAGUCAUCCUUAUUCCCCCCUCGUCUCAUUUUCUCUCUCUAACUUUCAGUGUAUAUGAUCUUUCUCUCUCUAUAUAUACAUAUAGAUAUAUAUCCCAAAAAAAAUUAUAUAUUGAGAGAUAUAUAGGGAUUUAUGAUUUAAGUAAUAUAAUAUUAUAAGGAGGUGUUUUAUCGUGGACAAGUCUAUUGAGCAGUUAAGAGCUUCUUCGUUCGAACAGAGAUCCCUAUUUAGGUAGGCUCUGCGGACUGGUUUUUCGAUCUUUCUCGAUCAGAGAGGAUUUUCCCGCGCAAUUCCCUCUGAUUUCUGUCGCGUGUUUUCUGGAUUGGAUUCUCAUUCCAUCUUUAUUGUUUCUUUCUCGGGAAAUUUUUGUUUUUUUUGGGUUUUUCUUCUGUUGCGUCUCUGCGAAGUUUGUGUGCUGUUCGAGUCUGUGUCUGAAAUUAGGGUUUGUAGGGAUCAAAAUUAGGGUUCUUUCUGUGAAAUUGGGGGGUUUUGGUGGCGGAAUUUGGGUUUGGAGGUAUCGGGGGGUUGUGAUUGGGGAGGAUGAUAAUCAAGCGGAACUUGAAAUCGGCAAUGCCGAGUCUGAAGCGGUGCAGAGUCGGCGACUCGGGUGGUGAGGACGACGAGAAUUCGGGGAAUCGGAAGAAACGGAAGGUGAACGGCUAUUAUCCUCUGCAUCUGUUGGGGGAAGUCGCCGCCGGCGUAAUUCCGUUCGGUGACUAUGGACUGCGACACCUAUUAGGCGCUGGCGAGAAAGCUUUUGACAGCAUAGCGGCGGCGUCGUGGUUCACGGAGGUUUCGUACUGCCCCAACGAGGCGGAGUCGAAGUCCAUAGAGGGCGUGAAUGGGAGGAGUAAUCGGGCACCCGAGGCUCCACGGCCACCUCUGGUGAGAACGUCAAGAGGGAGGGUUCAGGUACUCCCUUCUAGAUUCAAUGAUUCAAUUCUUGAUAAUUGGAAGAAAGAGAAGAGUAAACCUAGUGUUCGUGAAUCGAGUUUGGACCCUGAAUUUACUCCUUGCAAGGAGAAACCCACCUUCAAAAACCCUAAAGUUCAUGACCACAUUGCAAGUAAACAGCAGAACGAGUAUAAAAUUAGAUAUCAGUGCCGAAAAGUCACAACAUUGUUGGAGGAAGAAGGAGAAGAAUUUGGAUGUGAAGGAUUGAAGAGUUUUGACAUUAGGAAGUAUUCGAGCUCUCGUAGCUCUCUAACAUCACUCCAUGAGCAAUUGGCUGAUAUUGAGAAGUCUCCAGUUGGAGAACUGGAUGAAGCUAUAGACAUUAAUGGAAUUGAUAAAUUGUCGAAGGAUGAUGUUGAGAGAAAAAAUGGGUUGUAUGGGCCAGAGGACUUUGUUCCUGGUGAUAUAGUUUGGGCAAUUUCAGGGAAGAACUAUCCUGCUUGGCCAGCCAUUUUUCUUGAUCCGACAAAACAAGCUCCCCAGCAGGUUCUAAAUUUUUGUGUUGCCGGGGCAGCUUGUGUGAUGUUCUUUGGUUACUCUGGGAAUGGUACGCAACGGGACUAUGCUUGGAUUAAACGUGGGAUGAUAUUUCCGUUUGUAGAAUACGUAGACAGGUUUCAGGGGCAGACCUAUUUGAAAGAGAGCAAGCCUGGUGAUCUUCGGUCUGCAAUAGAUGAGGCAUUUCUGGCAGAACAAGGCUUUACUGAGAUGUUGAUGGUGGAGAUUAAUGCGGCAGCUGGGAAUCUAGAUUAUCUUGAAUCUUUUCCUAGAGGAGUCCAAGAGGCUACUGAUUCUAAUCAGGAUCAAGAAUGCGACUCCAGGAACCAGGGUGUAUUGAAAAAGAAAGUGACGCUGUCCUGUGAAUGCUGUGGAUCGAGCCUUUCAAUUAAAACUCCCAAGAAAAUGAAGGUUUCAACUCCUGAAAGCGGUCAUUUAUGUAGUUCCUGUGCCAGGUUAACAAAACAAAAACAUUAUUGUGGCAUAUGCAAGAAGGUUUGGAAUCAUUCUGAUAGUGGGAGUUGGGUACGCUGUGAUGGCUGUAAAGUUUGGGUGCAUGCAGAGUGUGACAAAAUUUCCAGUGAUCUUUUUAAGGAUCCGAGGGGCAACGAUUACUACUGUCCCGAAUGCAAAGCCAAGUUUAAUUUUGAAUUAUCAGAUUCAGAGAACUGGCAGCCUAUGGUCAAAAAUAACAAAAGUAAUAGUCAAUUGGUGCUCCCUGACAAGGUGACUGUUGUCUGCUUGGGAGUAGAAGGCAUUUACUUUCCAAGCCUUCAUCUAGUUGUAUGCAAGUGUGGGUCUUGUGGGACAAAAAAACAGGCACUUAGCGAAUGGGAGAAACAUACGGGUUCCAAAGUGAAAAACUGGAAGACCAGUGUCAGGGUCAAAGGUUCAAUGUUACCACUGGAACAAUGGAUGCUGCAGAUAGCAGAGUAUCAUGAACGCACUCUAGUGUCCGCAAAUUCUCUUAAACGGCCUUCUAAUAAAGUACGGAAGCAGAAGUUGCUUGCUUUUCUGCAAGAGAAAUAUGAGCCUGUUUAUGCCAAGUGGACAACAGAACGGUGUGCCGUAUGUAGAUGGGUUGAAGAUUGGGACUACAACAAAAUUAUUAUCUGCAACAGAUGUCAAAUAGCUGUCCAUCAAGAAUGCUAUGGUGCAAGAAACGUCCGGGACUUCACUUCAUGGGUUUGCCGAGCAUGUGAGACACCAGAAAUCAAGCGGGAGUGUUGCCUCUGUCCUGUAAAAGGAGGUGCUCUCAAACCUACUGAUGUUGAUUCGUUGUGGGUUCAUGUUACCUGUGCCUGGUUUCAACCUGAAGUGUCUUUCUCAAAUGAUGAAAAAAUGGAGCCUGCUGUUGGAAUCUUGAGAAUUCCAUCACACUCUUUUGUAAAGAUAUGUGUAAUCUGUAAGCAAAUUCAUGGUUCCUGCACACAAUGUUGCAAGUGUUCCACUUAUUACCACGCAAUGUGUGCAUCAAGGGCUGGGUAUCGCAUGGAAUUGCAUAGCUUGGAAAAAAAUGGGAGACAGAUUACAAAAAUGGUUUCAUAUUGCGCGUAUCACAGAGCUCCAAAUCCAGAUACGGUUCUAAUUAUACAGUCUCCUCUAGGGGUUUUCUCCACCAAAAGCCUACUGCAAAAUAAAAAACGGACUGGUUCAAGGCUAAUUUCUUCUAACAGAUUAAAACUUCAAGAAGCUCCGACAACAGAAAUCAAUGAUGUUGAGCCACUCUCCGCUGCAAGAUGCCGGGUCUAUAAAAGAUCUAUCAAUAAGAGGACUGGAGAAGAAAAGGCCAUUGCCCAUCGGUUGAUGGGACCUUGCCAUCACUCUUUGAGCACAAUACAAAGCUUGAACGCAUUCAGAGAAAUAGUGGAGACGAAGAACUUUUCUACUUUCAGGGAACGACUUUACCACUUACAGAGAACCGAAAAUGAUCGGGUUUGCUUUGGUAGAUCCGGAAUACAUGGUUGGGGCCUCUUUGCACGACGAAACAUCCAAGAAGGAGAAAUGGUUCUGGAAUAUCGUGGUGAACAGGUGAGGCGCAGUAUUGCAGAUCUGAGGGAGGCACAGUACCGUAUAGAAGGCAAAGAUUGCUAUCUGUUUAAGAUCAGUGAAGAAGUAGUGGUGGAUGCCACGGAUAAAGGGAACAUUGCACGCUUAAUAAACCAUUCGUGCAUGCCCAACUGCUAUGCAAGGAUCAUGAGUGUGGGUGGCGAUGAGAGUCGGAUUGUACUCAUUGCCAAGACUAAUGUGUCUGCUGGUGAUGAAUUAACGUAUGAUUACUUAUUUGACCCUGAUGAGUGCGAUGAAUUCAAAGUCCCGUGUUUGUGUAAAGCUCCAAACUGCCGAAAGUUCAUGAAUUAGGUCACACAGAAUACAGCCAUUGUUUCUCCACAAGGAGCACUAACUUACGCCCCUCCCCCGCGGGACCUCACAGUUCAUUUACUGAGUUUUGUCAUUUUUCUUUUGAAAGAAAUAUGUGUAUUUUAGUUUUCGUUCUCUUCUGUCAAUCUUUCUAGCUUAAUAAAAGCUAUAAUUUGCCUACUCUUCGGCUUCAGGCAUCUUUUGUAAAUUGAUUGAUCCACACAUCCUUAUUUAAUCAUUAAAUGUUAAUUCAAUUUUUUCCUGUGUA